AAAGAUGUGUUUGUAUUAGUGUGUGGCUGUUGAACAAGUGUGACCCAGAAGCUGUGGAAUGUGAAUGUGUCUGGUGUAUGGAAAUGGUCAGUAAAUGCAACUCUGGGAACUCUGUGUGGGGAGAAUAAUGAGGUGUGUGUGUGUGUGUGUGUGGACUCUGACAGUAACAGCUGGAUCGGAGAUGGCUGCCAGCACCGCAGCCACGACUCUCCUGCCACCUGUGAAGAGCGUGGUGGUGUACAGGAAUGGUGACGCCUUCUACAGCGGACGGAGGUUUGUGGUCAACCAGCGACAAGUGGCCACUAUGGAGGCUUUUCUGAACGAGGUGACCCAGAGCAUCGGGGCGCAGCUCGCCGUCAGGACCCUGUACACCCCGAGGCAGGGUCACAGGGUCACGGACCUCCAAGACCUUCAGACCGGAGCCCAAUAUGUUGCUGCUGGUUUUGAACGGUUCAAGAAACUGGACUACCUGAACAAAGGAGCAAAAAAGCAGCCCGCUGUCCGUGAAGAAACCCAGGGAAAAGUAACCCAGAGGCCAAAUGUUUCAGCUAAAUGGAGGAAGUUUAUACCUGUACCUUGCAUUAUACAUGUUUUCCGUAAUGGAGAUCCCCUGUGUCCGCCAUUUCGGUUCAUCAUUCCCCGGAGCAUGCAGCAGGAUCUGGAGCAGAUCCUGAGUCUGGUCACAGAGAAGGUCAGCCUGCGAACCGGAGCUGUGCGAAGGUUGUGUUCUUUGGAAGGAGUGACUGUGUCCUCAGCUGGGGAACUGGAGACUGGCCGCUGCUAUGUUGCCGUGGGAACCGAGAGGUUCAAGAAACUUCCAUAUGUGGAGCUGUCGGUUUCAAAAGCUACAGAGAGAUAUUACCCAGGAAAGAGAAGGCUGUUGAGGAGAAAUGAGAACAGGAAAGCAGGAAGCGGUCCAGAAGACCAGUACAGUGACUCAGCUCUCCUCGACUCCCCAGAGUCAGAUGGUCGGAGGGUGAAGUCAACAGGAGAUGAGGCUGCACCUCCACAAGCCACGCAGCAGAGGAGCAGGAGGCAGGGAGCAGAUGAGAUGUCUGUGUUCUUUGCCAGGCCGAUCAAGAUCCGCAAAAACAGAGGGCAGACAAGAAUGCCACUCAGUAAUGGAUCUGUCAAGCCCAGCGUAUUUAAAAGAGGAGCACGGAAGCGGAGAGAGGAGGUGCGCGGAGCUGAGGAGGUGCAGGAGGAUGAAAAUACAGCUACAGAGCUUCCUGUUGACCAGAGAGUGGCAGAAAUAGUGGAGGAUGAGGAACUCAACAACACAGAUGAUCCUCUGCACAGCACACAGCAGAGACAUGUAAAAAUAAUAAAGAGUGAGCAGCACAGUGAGAAAGAGCACCCACACAAAUACAAUGGAAAACAGGUGCAGUUAUCUGAACAAAACCAUAUGGAACAGACAGAAGACUCUGCCAGGACUGAGAGGCCUGCUGCUGAAACACUGGAACCUGAGCUGAAUCACACGUAUUCAAAGUCAAGGCCUUCAUCAUCCAUCUCUCAGGGAGAGAAAAGGGAGGAAAAGGAUAGCCCACAGGACGUCCCAUCAAAUAUGGCAGAACAAAACCAUCAUCAGGAGGAGUGGUGAGUGAUGAGCGCAGAGGAUUCAUCGAGGAGGUCACAUUGGCGUAAAGACCCUCAACAGCUGCACUACAGCCCAAAAGCACAGCAGAUAUCCCAAGCAAUUACUGCUUCCUGCUUCAAUAUGACCUAUGUGGCUGAAUGAAUGUUAUAAUUGGUAGUACUAUAGCUGUGGUAAUGAGCCAGGUAACAACGGUAAUUUAUGUUGUUUUCCUUUAGAGAACUUAAGAGACAAAAAUGUGAAUUUGCUUAACAACACUAAAGGAGGUGGACACAAUAUCAUAAACUCUGGUAUAAUACACUGCAACAAGUCAAUAAACUGACCUUGAAAAUGAUCACACACUUAAAUUAACACCCCUCUGAAGAAAAUAAGACCACGAGUCUACAGCCGUGCUAGCAGCUCUUUGAAGCUGCACCUUGGCACAGUGGUGCUAAACAUAAACAUUAGUGUGCUAACAUGUGCACACUAACAGUGCUUACAUGCUGACUUUAAGUAGGUAAUCAGUGUGUUGAAUGAGAAUAUUUAGUGUGUUAGUAUGCUAACAGUUGCUAAUAAGCUAAUGGUCAUAAAUCAAAGUAUUGGACAAACUAAAAUUUCAACCUGAUGAUGAUGAUGGUGUUGAGUAUGACCAAAGAUAUUACAUUUCAUCCUGAGGUGUGGACAUGUACCAAAUGUCAUGGCAGUUCACCUGACAGACAUUUCACUAAAAACCACAAAUGUCAACCUGUUGGUGGCACUAGAGGAAAAGUCAAAGCAUCACCAAAGUCAGUAGGAUUCAUCCUGUCAGGACUGUAAAUGUCUGAUAGUUGCUGAGAUAUUUCAAUCUGGACCAAAGAGGUGAAUCUGAGUGCCAUCCACAGCACAAAAAAAACUUGACAAAGUUUAUAUUUGUCACCAGGUUUUCCAUGAUCUUGUGUCAGUGUUUAGGAUAUUGUGUCCACGCUGUAUUACAGGGAUUAU